AUGUCAAUUCGUUCAAGACCAAUUCUACGCAAAGUUCCUCCUCAUGAAACCGAAUCGCAUGUGACUAUAGAUACAUCUACAUUUUCAAGAGCUGCCUCAGUAAACACACCAUUGCUGUUAGCUGACGAUUAUCAAGCACCAGCUACAUCUCAUGCACUCUAUCCGAAUUCCAAAUGGCUCUUAGUACGUAAUAAUAUGCAUAAAAUCCGAGGUUGGGGUGCAGUCAAACGUAUAUCAAUGGUUGAUCAACCUUUUCAAGAUUGGUAUCUUUUUUUUCAAAUGCGACGUGAAUUAAAACGAGCCGAAGAACAAAUUCGUGCUAUAGAAUAUCGGAAAGAUUUUACACCUGUUCGUCAUUUUCAGUUGCCUAUUGAUGCCACACAUGUGCGACGCUACAAUGUUUCACAUGUUGGGCCCAACGACGGUAUCUAUUAUGCUGGUCUUGGUACGGAGCCAAUCGUUUUACAAUAUUUACUUUAUUAUUUUAGUAAUGAAUGCAGUGUGCCAUACGAUAGUAUAUUCUAUACAUUUUUAUCGGAUGUUAAUGCAGUAUUACAUACAAAUCGAGAACGUAUUCAUCGAGUUGUUGUCUUUCGGAAACUUGCAUUGAUUUUGGCCUUAGCCGUAUUUGUGAUUAUUAUUAUUAUGUUUUUUUCGUUGAUAUUAAGCGUUUUGACAACAACAUCGAAUUUAAGACAAAUGUAUAGAAAUGAUCUAGAUGAAGACACGAAAUGGUUAGGUUCGGAAGUAUUGCCAAACGUAAAUUCAAUAAAUAAACAGUAA